AAAAUAUUAUCAUACGCCCUACCGCACAGGAUCGCUGAAGACCUAAAAACUCAAAACCCUGCUGGUGCUCAGACAACUGCAAGUCUGGAACAUCUUCCAAGCCUCUGCCCAAAUUCUUCACUUGAUACAGUUAGUCUCAAUCCAUUUCUCCGAGUUUUGUUCGAUAAAUUCCUUUCGUGUCAUCGGAGAAGGUGAUUGAUUAUCUAAAACAAACGUUCGUGAUUCAUUUCUGAUUAUAGAUGCUACUAUUUUUAACGGUUGUUCUUUAGUGACAGUAAUUUGAUUAUGUCCCGAUGAAAUUGUUUGAUAAGAUUGGAGAAAUAUUGUUCUAGAGGCAUGAUUUGGUUGCUUAAUCGUGUUUCUGUGUGUUUUUCCCCACUGCAUUGAGAAAGCACAUUCUGUGUAAUGUAUGAACCUGGUGAAGUAGAUGAACUUGCGCUGGUUGAGUAGGUCUCAUGUCCAAAGCUAUUCUCUCUCUGCUCAAACCUCUAAACCAAUGCCUGCGCAAGAGGAAACCAUCUCGAAAAAUCCUUGUGUCGCCUGAUUGCAGAAAGUUUGCAAAUGAAGUCUGUAAAAUUCUAAGAACCGAAGAAAAAUGGUGGGAAAAAGCUCUUGAGGACCGGUUUUUUGAAGAGGGGGUUGCGCCGUCGGAAGUUGCACACCUAGUGUUCGAUAAAAUUCGUGACUAUGAGUUGGGGCUUAAAUUCUUUGAUUUUGUCUCGCAGAAUAGUUAUUCACUUGAUGGAUUAGCAUAUUCUUCGCUCCUCAAGCUCUUGGCUGGGUCGAAAGUGUUUACAGAAGUAGAAAAAGUGUUAGUUGAGUGUAUGCAGUCUGAGGAGAAGCUGCCAAGCUCUGAUGCUAUGGGUGCUGUAAUCUGCGCUUAUGCAGAGUCGGGUAUGGCUUCGAAAGCUUUAGAGUUGUAUUCCUUUGUGUUGAAAACAUACAAUGUGUUGCCUGAUUUAUUGGCCUGUAACUCUUUGCUUAAUGUGUUUGUGAAAGAUGGAAAUAUGAAAGUGGCUUGGUUGGUGUACGGCGAGAUGGCGAGGAGAGACCGUGGUGGUGAGGAUGGUUGUUUGGACAACUAUAGUGUGUGUAUUAUGGUGAAAGGAUUGUGCAAAGAAGGAAAAGUCGAAGAUGGUAGAAGGUUGAUUGAGAAAAGAUGGGGGAAGAAUUGCAUUCCGAAUAUUGUGUUUUAUAAUACUCUGAUUUAUGGAUAUUGCAAGGAAGGUAAUGUCGGGAAAGCUUGUGAUCUUUUUGAUGACUUGAAAGCGAAGGGUUUCUUGCCAAACGAAGAGACUUAUGGGUCCAUCAUUAAUGGCUUUUGCAAAAUAGGCGAGUUUGAGAAGGUUGAUCAAAUCUUGGAGGAAAUGGAUUCAAGAGGAAUGGAAGUAAGUACUCUUGUGUAUAAUAAUCUUGUCGAUGCUAAGUGUAAAUUUGGAUUCGUUAGGGAAGCAUUGGAUACUGUUGGAAAGAUGGUCGAGGUUGGGUGCAAGUUGGACAUUGUGACGUAUAAUACUUUGAUUUCUAAUGCUUGCAGGGAUCAAAAGAUUCAAGAAGCCGAGAGGCUGUUAGAAGACGUUGCUAGCAGUGGUCUUCUCCCGAAUAAACUAACCUUUACGCCUCUUAUACAUGCGUAUUGUAAGGAGGGUGCUUUUAAUAGAGCUUCGAAUUUGCUUGUUAAGAUGACUGAAUGUGGACAUAAGCCUGAUCUGGUUACUUAUGGAGGUCUUAUUCACGGGUUAGUUGCUGUUGGAGAAAUUGAUACAGCUUUAACAAUUCGAAACAAGAUGAUGGAAAGAAGAGUAUCUCCCGAUGCUUGUAUCUACAAUGUUUUGCUUAAUGGACUUUGCAAGAAGGGUAGGUUUGAUUAUGCCGAGCAGCUUGUUAAAGAGAUGCACGGUUGCAAUAUAUCUCCCGAUGCAUUUGUUUAUGCAACUUUGAUCGAUGGAUGUGUAAGAAAGGGCAAUAUUGAGGGUGCAAAGAAACUCUUUAAUGAUGUAAUCAACCGUGGUAUGAACCUCGGGAUUGUGGGGUACAAUGCCAUGAUCAAGGGCUAUUGUAAAGAUGGGAUGCUGAACAAUGCAAUAGGGUGCAUCAAGAAAAUGAUCGAAAGAGAAAUCUAUCCGGAUGAGAUUACUUAUUCGACGCUUAUUGAUGGGUACGUAAAGCAGAAUGAUUUACGCAGCGCGUUGUCUAUGUUCUGCCAUGUAAUCAAACGGAAAUACUCGCCAAAUGUUGUAACCUACACUGCUCUCAUGAAUGGAUUUUGUCGACAUGGAGACAUUGCAGGAGCUGAGAAAAUUUUCAGGAGUUUGCAGUCGAAUGGAGUGAUGCCGAAUGUUGUGACUUACACUAUUUUGAUUGGUAGCUGCUUCAAAGAGGGAAAUCUCGCUAAAGCUUCGUUGUUUUUCGAAGAAAUGCUGGUGUGCAAGUGUAUUCCGAAUGAUGUUACGUUUCAUUAUUUGGUUAACGGGUUAUCGAUCAAUGUCUCCUCUAUCAUUCCGAGGUUACAAAGUGGAUAUGAUCUGCAAGAAAAGGCUCCCAUGCUUCUUGAUAUAUUCGCGACGAUGAUAUACGACGGAUUUCAUCCCAUCUCUGCUGCACACGGUUCGAUCAUUUCUUGCCUCUGUUUAAAUGGUAUGCUCGACACUGCGUUGCGGUUGGUUGAUAAGAUGUCAAAGAAAGGUGUUCCUCUAGAUUCGGCGACGUUGGCUUCGUUGUUACUCUGUAUUUGUUCUGUCGGGAAAUCGAAAGAAUGGAGGGACAUGAUUUCCCCUCAGAUAAUCGACGUGAAGCUUGAUGUUGCUCUGAAGUACUUAUCGAUUUUCGAAUGCUACUCGACUCGUGAAGCGACGACAGAAGCUUCGCUGAUCUUGCGCGCCUUGCUCGAGGAAUUCAAAUCUAGUGAAUGAAUAGUUUUCGCGAUGGUGAAAGUUGUGGUGUUGAAUUAUCAUACAGCCGUUAUCAUGUAGGUUCCCGGCGAUUCUAUAAUCUGCCCGUGAUAUCGAAAAGCAGAGAAUUAUAUUGCAGGAAACUGAUCAUUCGGUGAACAUCGGAAAAACCAGCCAUUCCUUAUUCUAUAUCAACAAAAUGUACUGUAACAUCACUUUAAGGUAUGCAAACUAUACAUUCAACGCAUAUUCCAACUUCGAUAUGGAAAUUACAUAUGCGCCAUCAUUCGUAUUUAUAGAAGCUAAAGAACAAGAAAAGUGUGUAGGCAUUACAUAAAUCCAAAUUGUGAAACAAUAACACAAGAAAUACCAUUAGCAAUUAUAGUCACCACAAUUAUUAGUUCAAAGGAUCAUGAAAAAACAGGUAAAAAAAAAAUGAUAUAGAAGAUUUAAACAAAGCAUGUCGAAGAGAAGAACCAACAGUUAUAAAAUAGAGUAUAUCAACUAGCAAGACUCGGUUUAAUUCUCAAUCUAAA